GGUGUUACAUAUUCGAUGAAUAAUAUCCUUGGAAACUGUUCCUACUUUCCGAUUUCGUCGCUUUCUGGAGAUGCAAUACCAAUUGGCGAUGGAUUCGUGAGAAUGGGAAGCAUGUAUGAAAUAUUAAAACUGGACGGGGACAUGAUCUACAAAGGAGCAUCAAUCUGCAGAGAGAUGACAUGCGAAAGAUGGAUUACAAUUCGAUAUGAUUGGCCUACCAUCGACCCUUUCCCUACCGUAUGGGAGUGGUACUUUGCAAUGAGUAAUUGGAUUGAGGUUACAGACUUGUCCUGGGAAACUCAAGUACCAGUUCAACUCAUUGUUAGAGACGCAAAGGAUAUCAGCAAGAUCAUUUUUGAGGAGCAACUGUUUGAUUUUAAUUAUCGUGAACCUUCAGUCACAGAAUUCACCUCUUGGAGUUGUAUGAAAACUGAUAACUACGAAUUUCUACAAUUUGAGAUAUCAAGCCACUAUAAUGAGAUGAUCAACAGUGAUAAACUAGUAUUUUAUCAACGAGUCCAGGCAGCCAUAUCAAAAUAUGCUGACGUCACUCCUCUACGAACACCCAACGUCCAAUUACGCAUUGAUGAAAACGAUCGAAAUUUUGUAAGGUUCUUCUUGUAUGAUGUGGCACCAAUCCAAGGGGGUGUUGGGAAGAUCGAACCGAGUAUUGCCGAGGCCCGGGACAAACUCCAAAAGAACAUUGACACCGGUGAGAUGGUUAUCCGAAUGCCACUGAUUAAUAUGACUACUGGUAUAGCAGGACAAAUCACGAAAGAUGAAUAUAUUAUAUAUGCAAAUGCAGAUAGUUUACAAUCGGUCCCAGAAGACACUGUUGAAGAUAGCAAGAUGUAUUCAAAAGGCGCAGUCAUAGGCAUGGGUAUUGGAAUGGGCGUACUGUCUUUUCUUCUUGGCGGGAUCAUCUGUUUUCUGAUCGCAUUCAAGAACAGGGACUCUGUAAACGAGGGUGGAUUUACAAUGACUGAUGUUACAAUGUAAGCAGCGUUACAAGAACGACGAGAACCCCAUAAUCGCAUAGUUCUAUCAAAAUUGAAAAAAAAAAAUUUCCAAAAUCAAAAAGAAGCGAUAUACAUUGAAACGGAUUUUACAAGUUAUGAACUUUAAUUAAAUGACAAAUUAAAAAAUCUAUUUUUAAAUUAUUUAAAAACGGUUUACUACGCAAAUCUUUAAAUUUAUUUCAAGAAAAAUUAUAGGAAAAAUAAGAAUUAUAUUUAAAUUUCUGUCAAUUGGUGACGAAUAAUUUUCAGUUGAAAGUUCAUUACCGUACUGUAUAGCAGCGUACAGUGGAUAAUUUAAAUAUACAAAGAACUAUUAGCACUUUAUAUUUUUAUUAGUUUAUUAUAUUUACGUGGCAGUUUAAUACAUUCCCUAUAGGCAUUGCAAAAUGCCUAUAGGUUUAACGAAAAGUACAUCUACUAAACAUAAGUAGCACAUAUUGUUACAUUAGGUCUACUAUUUUACGUUACUAUUUCCUUGCUCCAUGUCUGUUUUCAAUCCUUUGCCUUCCUUUUCAUUCGGUUACUUCUUGAUGUACUGUUUGCUUGUCCUUGUAAACAACUUCUCGUUUCCUUAUUUCCAUGUGUAAUUUUUGUCUAGUUUUUCGUGUCUUUUUCUAUUGUUUUCUUUUUAUUGGUAAAUUUUUGAUGGGCCAUUUCUUCCAAUUGUGUAUAAAUCGAUUUUGAUGUAUGUUUUUUAAUCAAAUGGUGAUGUUUUUUCUUUUGUAAUUGUUUUUUUUUUCCCCAUUAAUGUCUUUGUUUCUGUAAAUAAAUGAGCAUUAAAUAAAAACAAACAAACAAUACUUACGUAUCAAAAGCUUUUAAGAUUACGUAUCAGAAAUAUAGUCAUGUUCAAAGGUAGGCAAAUACUGAAAUAAUGUUCAGCAUAUUCUUAUUGUAUUAUAGGUUAAACAACUCCACUGUCUUCAGAUUAAUUUAUAUUAAAGUAUGAACAGAAAAAAGGGCUGAUAUACUUAGCGUAAUAUUUACUAUUAGAUAAAUAUUAUUAGUAGUAGUAAUAAAUAGUAAUAAUUAUAAUUACAAUUGCAAAUUUAAGAAUAUUUUAUUAUUAAUAUAUCAUUUCAUUAUUAUUAUUAUUAUUAUUAUUAUUAUUAUUAUUAUUAUUAUUAUUAUUAUUACGUAUAACGAACAAAUAAUGAAACAUAGAACAAAGCAUAAAACAAAUACAAAAGUUAAAGAUAAUUUAAGUAAAUUUAACCAAAUUUGAAAAACCUUAUCUUAAAAUUUAGACUGAAAUAUGUUAAUAACUUUAUUUUAAAUAACUUUGUUUCUUUUUUCAAUUGUCCAAAAAAGUUGUUCUAUAAUUCUCAUGUUUUUUUUUGUAUUUUUUUUUUAUUAAAGAAAGCAUAAUGACACAGAAAAUAGUUUGAUGUUUUGCUAAUAUUUAGUCGUUUUCAAAAAAUAAAGUGAAAGUGAAUCGCCAUUCGUCAAUUAUGGAUAAUGAAAGAACUUAAAGAGCAGAAGAAUGAGCUGUUCUGCGUAUUGCAUUAAAAUCAAUGGAACAUCCGCCCUUCCGCGAGCGGGAUAAAAUUUGACCAUUGGACUAUGUGGAGAAACUAUAGGAAACAAACGAACCCGAGCGGCGCCUUUAUUAUCGAUAUACAGUGCCGCCAUGUGGACGGAGUCAAAUUGCUCUCCGUGUACCCACAAUGCAUUUUGAACGGAUGUUCCACUAUAUUGGAAAGCUUCUCAAUCUUCUGCUAUUUAUUAUCUUUGGGAGAAUGCAUUUAUGAUUGACACAAAACGUUUACAAUA